AAUAAUAAUAAUGGCUAAAUAACGAAUACGGAUAUAAGAAAUUGCUCUUAAUUGAUAAGCAAUUCGGCUAUUUCAUCCUGAGAAUAUAAGGAAGGCACGAGAACUAGUGGAACAAAGUAGUGUAACUUAAAAAGCGACCGCAAAUGUAAUGAAGGGCUCCGUAGAAAAUAAUGUCGCUUCCGACCGGAACGAUUAUUUGGUAGGAGAUGGUCUGCGCCUCCAACUCACAAUCAACAGGAACGUCCUUUCGAUUACGGGAGACGGCUGCCGUGUUUCGCUCGGCAGCAAUUCCGGCCACUUACGGAUUAUCGGGGACGGCUGUCGCGUAAACAUCGGCUGCAACGUCGGCUACGUCGAGUACAACGGCGACGGGGGCCGCAUUGUCCUGGGGCCCGAGUCACUCGACCGCAGCAGAAUCAAGUACCGGGGCGUGGGAGGAGUCAUUGAGUUCGGCCAGGGUAGACAAAAUGAGAAGGCAAAAACGACUGUGAGACCGGAAAUUUUUCGUGGAUUGCAAGCAAACCAAAGCGAUAUAUCACGCUGUGAACGGAUGUGUACUUGAUAAAAGCGGUAAUAGAGAAGAUCCGACCCGAGUCUUUGAUUUUUUAACGGUUGAACACCGGCAGUAUCGACGGAUGCGCUAAAUGAAAAUAUACCAACAAAGUGCAAGGGAAGAGAAAAGUUGAUAGUUGUAUUUUCCGGUCAAUGAGCAGUAAUGCGCGCGCACAGCAACUAAUGACAAAAGGGUGAUUGUAGUAAGUUGUACAAACCAAUUUAGAAUUUCUCUCUUGUUUUUUUUUUUAUGGCAAACAGUCUGAUGUAAACCUAAUGGAUUGUUCCUGCUUCUUACAUUGGGC